CUCCUCCUCCCUUUCCCACCCCUCGGAGUGGAGCUGCACAUGCGGCUGCUCCCUGUUCUGUCCCGCCCAGCCACCGUCGCUCAGGAACGGGUCCCUGCAGCCCCCAGCCGAUGGCAGGACAGUAGCCGCCUGUCAGGGGUCGUGAAGGGCUGAGGCAGAGGCAGAGGCUCCCGGGCCUCAGAUAGUGGUUGUCUCUGGAGGCCAUGGGCUACCCUGAGGUAGAGCGCAGGGAACCCCUGCCUGCAGCAGCUCCAAGGGAGCAGGGCAGCCAGGGCUGCGGCUGUCGCGGGGCCCCUGCUCGGGCGGGCGAAGGGAACAGCUGCCGGCUCUUCCUGGGUUUCUUUGGCCUCUCUCUGGCCCUCCACCUGCUGACGCUGUGCUGCUACCUAGAGUUGCGGUCCGAAUUGCGGCGGGAACGGGGAACCGAGUCCCGCCUCAGCGGCCCGGGUGUUCCUGGCACCUCUGGCACCCUAAGCAGCCCUGGUAGCCUCGAUCCUGUUGGUCCCAUCUCCCGCCACCUCGGGCAGCCGUCCUUUCAACAGCAGCCUUUGGAACCAGGAGAUGAUCCACUCACCCCUGACUCCCAGGACCCGCACCAGAUGGCCCUCCUGAAUUUCUUCUUUCCUGAUGAAAAGGCAUAUUCUGAAGAGGAAAGUAGGCGUGUUCGCCGCAAUAAAAGAAGCAAAAGUGGUGAGGGACCAGAUGGUCCUGUUAAAAACAAGAAAAAGGGAAAGAAAGCCGGGCCACCUGGGCCCAAUGGACCCCCAGGACCUCCAGGACCACCAGGACCCCAGGGACCCCCAGGAAUUCCAGGAAUUCCUGGGAUUCCAGGAACAACUGUUAUGGGACCUCCUGGCCCUCCUGGCCCUCCUGGUCCUCAAGGACCCCCUGGCCUCCAAGGACCUUCUGGUGCUGCUGAUAAAACUGGAAGUCGAGAAAACCAGCCAGCUGUGGUGCAUCUGCAGGGCCAAGGGUCAGCAAUUCAAGUCAAGAAUGAUCUUUCAGGUGGAGUGCUCAAUGACUGGUCUCGCAUCACUAUGAACCCCAAGGUGUUUAAGCUACAUCCCCGCAGCGGGGAGCUGGAGGUACUGGUGGACGGCACCUACUUCAUCUAUAGUCAGGUAGAAGUCUACUACAUCAACUUCACUGACUUUGCCAGCUAUGAGGUGGUGGUGGAUGAGAAACCCUUCCUGCAGUGCACCCGCAGCAUUGAGACAGGAAAGACCAACUACAAUACUUGCUACACUGCGGGCGUGUGCCUCCUCAAGGCCAGGCAGAAAAUUGCCGUGAAGAUGGUACAUGCCGACAUCUCUAUCAAUAUGAGCAAGCACACCACCUUCUUCGGGGCCAUCAGGCUGGGUGAAGCCCCUGCAUCCUAGAUUCUCCCAUUCCAUCCUGGUCCAUGCCCCCUGCCCCAGGUUUGGGAGCCAGGACUCCCAGAACCUCUAAGUGCUGCUGCAGAAUGAGGUAUAUUGGCGUUGCAACCACAGAGAGAAAUGCCCCAGUGCUAUUUAUUCCCCAGUGACUCCAGGAUGACAAGGCCUACGUGACUUCCCUGAACAACCUUGAGCUGCCAGGACAGUUGAUGGAGCCCCAGGGUUUUCAAGAAGCAGAACCUUCUUAGGCUCCCUGCUGACUGACUGACUGGCUUAUGGUGACUCCUCAACCCCUAGGUCCCUCAUCAGAUUUAUCAUUUGUUGCACUAAACUGAGGAUCCAAGACAGUAGGCCACAAAAAGCAAAGGUGCACUCCAGAUUCUAGGGGUGACCAUCUGACUCUGGGGGAAGGGGGUGCUGCUGCUUCUCUCUUGGCUGGGAGUGGCUUUAGGUUGCAACUUAAGGAGAGGGUCAGGUCAGAAGAAGGCAAAUGCUUGUGGCAGAGACCUGGGCAAAACCUGCCAAGCAAGCAUCCUUGGCAGAGGAGGCAUUCUUGCUGCAUUGCACUAUGACCUACAAGAGGCUCAGAGAAACAUCCUACUCAGGCUACAAGGUACACUGAGGCAGCUUGCUGGACUCCAGAGCUGAGAACUUUGCUCUGCCUUGGAAUCAUUACAGGAAUGGCCACAACCCUGCCUAUGUAAGAAUCUGAGUCUAUACUUGGGGCCAGGCAUGUCCCACUUUGUUUACAGCUAUGCUCCACUCUCAGAAAACAACCUGGAAUCUUCCCACCCGUCACCCUCCCCAGACUGACUAGAAAUUCUAUCUUCUUUCUCCACAGUGCCUACCUCUGUCUGAGACAGGUGCUUCAUGCUGUAGUCUUUAAAUUACUUGGGCACAAAGAAUUUCCCAUUGAUUAGGCAUUGCAAUUAUUCCUCAUCUAAUUCCAAUCAAAUUGUGUCUGGGAACAGAUGGUUAAACUGGAUAACCUCCAAAAGCCCCUUGGAGUUUGAAUAUAUAGGUGGCACUCCACAGUUUGCUGCCACAGUGGAUUCCUGAAUCCCCAAACCCUAGACUCCCCUGGAUAUCAGCAGAGCAGAGCUUUUCUACCUUUACCAGAAAGGGGGAGAAAUAGGCAUAGAACAGGGAGUUUUGUCCAUGUUUGUUGGAACACAAGUGGUCAUUAGGUCAGGUCUUAUCUGAAAGAACAGCAGCUUGUGGCCCACUAGCUCAGUCUUUCUUCAGAAACAGAGUACUGUCACCAUAGAAGUCUGGGCUGCUCUCCUAGAGCCAGGCUCGAGGGAAACCAGCUGUCUGGCUAUUAGGCAGGGCUCUGACCCCUAGUUUGGAUCCAAAGACACCUCCACCAAUCUUCCUACAUUGUCAUAUGCUAGGAUUAUUUGUCAACUUCCUUUCCAAUUCCCUGGCUUCAGGGUGCCAGGCACAGCCCAAAGCUGAAAGAAUCAACCUUGUACAGCCUGUUCCUCUUGCUCCUGAAAUGUUUUUCUUUUUGACUAGAUGGGGAAUACAUCCCUGAAAGUCAUCAAAAACAACAGGUACUAAUUUCUCAGCUGUAUCUCCAUUUCCAAGUAGGCACAUUGCUUGGUCCUUCAAGGGUCAGGGCAAGACAUGGCAUGCCAAGGCUCCUGUGUCUAAUGCUAAUGAAGCCUUAUAACCAGAAGUGAGGUGAGCGUUGGAUAUGCAUCUGACUUCAAAAGGCCCUGAACAAUCAGCAGUGGUAGCAGGAACUAAGAGACCCUCUCUUUAGCAUUUGAAGGUUAUUUCCUCUGUUAUUACUUCCUUUGAAAAAGAGGGGACAGAGAAUAUCACAGUUACCCAUUGUAUAGGUAAGGCUGAGAGAGAUAAAGUGCUUUGAUAACAUCUCAGCCAGUAUAAGUCAGAGACCUUAGCCUUUAGUGAGGUCUGACUCCCAAGCUAGUCCCUUACCACAGCACUGUGUGGCAUUCAGGGUCCAGAAAGAAAAAUAAAAGUGAUAAUAUGGAACUGACCUCAUUGCGGGGGUCCUAGGGGGAAACCUAGCAAUGCCCAAUUUUUAUUACUUGGUGGCACUGCCUAUUCUUUGGGCUGCCAGGGGCUCUGUGGAAGAAGACUUGGGUGUUUUCUUGGGAAACAGCCCAAUGAUCAACCUUAUAAGUUCCUGUCUUGAGAAGAAUCUUCCAGUUGAGCUCUGAAUCUCACAGACCUGGCAGCCUUCGUGAUCUUUCACCCAUCGGAUUAAAGCAGUGGCUACCACACAAGGAGCUGCUGCAGGGCAAGACCUUACAUUCCCAACCCUAUCACUAGUUCUGGGAACCAGUCUGCUUCCUGUAGUCAAAUGUGACUCCUACUCUCCUUAUGCCAUAUUACAAAGACCUUGCUGUUGCCAAAGUCUCUCAAGAAUGGACAGAAAGUCUGAGAGGACCAGGCUAAAGCAUAUGGCUGCAGGGAGGUAGAUAAAGUUUCCUAACUGUGCCCCUGCAGGACGUGCCAACCCCAUUGCACAAUCCGCGCAUGAAGAUCAUAGGUUUCUCACUACCCUUUGUUCCUUCUGAACCCUCCCAAGGAGCCUUAGAGGAAGAGGACUGGAGGGGAAGAAAUAGCAGAGAGCAGGGAGGCCUGGUGUGCUGUGGUCCUUGGCAAAGUGGUGAAGCAUUUACUGAUAGGAGACUAGGGAUAGAGAUUUACAGUGUGGAAUUGUUAUGAUGUGAAGUUACCCCCAAGGUUAGCAUAGAGAAUGGAAUAAGGACAUGUUUGGGUAAGCAGAUAACAGGUUUGAAAGAAAAUUGCAUGGCAGGAGCCUCUACCAGUUGCGUGAACUUUAGGAGCCAAGCAGGCACAAUAUGCGGAUGUUAUUUGCCUACGGUUCCCUGGAAGAUGUAGCAUUUGCUUUAGUUGCCCCUGUAUCCAUCCUGUGCCAAAUCUCUGUAGCUUAGUAAGAAAAGGCUAAGGACCCUAGAGACAAACAAGGGCUGUGGUCCUCAGGGGAGUGCUUGCAUGUUACCCAUCAUCUAGUGGAUGCAAAUGGAUUUAGAGAAAUUUUUGACCUAGAAAGGCUUUUAGAAGGAAUGUGGCCCAACCUACAUCCAUUCUGUUCCUCAUGUGAAACUGAUGUCCAGACAGUGAAAGGGGCCCUCCUAGGACACAGGGAGCAGGCCCCCCACCUCCAGACUGGGCAGGAGAAAGAGGCACAGCAGCCUGUCUCAUGGGGCCUCCUCUUUCAUACACCCUCAGACUCAAGGCUAGAAGUGUUUCUUUCCCUCCGGGAGCCUGUCCAGCAGAGAGUAUGGCUACAGUCUUCAUCAGAACUUGCCUCCCUACACAUACUCCCCCAAGAUAUUUGUGCAGCUCCUGCCUCUGGGCUGGAAGCCUCUAGACUGGCCCUGAGCCAGGCAGUUUUUAAACCUCCCUAGGUUUGCCUGAGGGCCCACCCUUGCCUGGGGCCUCCCUAGACUAUGUGCACCACAGAACCUGAUUUGUUUUCUUAACUCAUUUCAGGGCUCUCUCCAGGAGAGGGUGAGAUGCGUCAUCUCUUUAUUCAAAAAGCUUCCAGCUGAGAUGGGGGUAAGGGGAGAAUGGCCUGGAGCAGGCCCAAUGCUGCUUUGGGGGAUCAGCAUCUUGUGUGAGAUACUGUGUAUAUAAACUAUAUAUAAUGUAUAUAAACAGGGAUGUAAGUUUGUGUAAAUUAACGGUUUAUUCUUUGCAAAUAAAGUGCUCCCCUCCCCAUUCUUGAAAUCAUCUUGAGCUCUUCUGACAUGUCACGUGCUUCUUUGUAAAUGAUGCCACCACACAUGAGCUCUGGGUCGAUCAAGAAACUUGCUUUAGUGAGCUCUCACCAGAAGGAAGCUUGUCUAAAAUUUUCUAUCAGUACAUCCCACGUUCUCUUUGCACCAAACUACAUACCUUCACCCCAUUCACCUUAGCUCUUCUAGAACCAUAAGCCUCAGAGACUUGAUGACUUGCCAGAAGGCAUAUUGUCUUUUGGGGUGUUUGUUGGUUGGUUGGAUUUUUCAAGACAAGGUCUCUCUGUGUUAGCCUUGGCUGUCCUGGACUCGCUUUGUAAACCAGACUGGCCUCUGUCUCACAGAGAUCCCCCUGCCUCUGCCUCCCAAGUGCUGGGAUUAAAGGUGUGCGCCACCACACCCGGCCAGAAAGCAUAUUGUCACAGGGCAAG